ACUACUGCGCAGGUUUUCUGCGCAUCUAGCAACCUUCCGCCAUUUUUGUUUCGCAAACACUCGGUGAAAACUUGUCGAGACUGAAUUUCUGCGAUUUACAGACAAUUUUGAGACGUUUUAGGAACUACUAACACCAUGACUUCGUACAGGGCAGCAGACUCGAAGCGUGAGGAGUUCAGGAAGUACCUGGAGAAGGCCGGCGUCUUGGACGCCCUCACAAAAGUGCUUGUUGGUCUGUAUGAGGAGCCGGACAAGCCAAACAAUGCCUUGGAUUUCCUGAGACAGCACCUUGGUGCCAGCAGCCCAGAGACAGCCGAUGUGGAGGGCCUGAGACUGGAGCUGUCCGAGGCCAGGCAGAAGGUGGAACAGCUGACCGAGGAGAACGCUGAACUCAAGGCUAAGCUUGCUCAGUACGAGCCCCCAGCAGACGACCAACCUGCCGACUCCGCUUCUAUGGGUAGGAUCUGUGCGAGUUUGUAUCCUCUCUGCCGCGUAGUUUUUCGUAGCUAUCGCCCAGGAUUUUGCCGAACUGUUUCGACGUCUAGCACCAAGGCUAGCACCGGUACCUUUAGGCCCUAUUCACGUGAAACGUGUUUUACCCCAAGAAGGAAUUUGAAGUCAACCCAGCGCUAUAGCAGCUCGUUUUGUGCAGCCUUUGCCAUGGAGAAAUCACCUGACAAAAAGGAAAGUACCGCCAAAGGGAAACGCCAGCCUUCAGAAAAAGCUGGCCCCUCCAAGCGUGCCAAAAUGGACUCGCCCAAGGACAAGAGUCGCCACAACUAUAAACACAAAGUCUUCGAGCCUACCCGGAAGACGGUGGGAUUCGACCAGGUCAUGUUUAACGAGACCACCAGCUACAUCGAAAACGGCCUCCGCAAAGUACAACCCUACUUCUUCACCUUCGAGGCUUUCGCCAAGGGGCGCUGGCUUGGUAGAACUGUCAUGGAUAUCUUUAGCAGUGAGUUUCGUGCCCACCCGCCAGAGCACUACAAAAAAGCCAUCAAGAUGGGACGACUUCUACUAAACGGCGAACCUGUCAAACUCGACACGGUCCUAAAAGACAACGACUUUAUGCAGAACACUGUACACCGCCACGAGCCCCCAGUUGUAGCAGACCCUGUGGAAAUCGUAGAAGAGACAGACGAUCUUGUAGUCAUCAACAAGCCUGCCUCGAUGCCUGUCCAUCCGUGCGGAGGCUACAGACACAACUCGGUGAUCUUCGUCCUGGGUAAGGAGCAUGGGUUCGAGAACUUACACCCCAUCCACCGACUGGACCGGCUUACAUCGGGGAUUCUCAUCUUUGCUAAGAACCUGGAGACCAAGCACAGGCUUGACGCACAGGUGAAAGGCAGGGAGGUGAAGAAGGUGUACCUCGCGAGAGUGAUGGGGGAAUUUCCUGACAAGGUGGAGUGCGACAAACCGAUCUUCGCGGUGAAGCACAAGCUGGGGGUCUGCCGCGUGUGUCCGGAAGGGAAGGACGCCAAGACGACGUUCGAGAGAGUGAGCUACAACGGGCGGUCGAGCGUGGUGCGGUGUUUCCCAAAGACGGGCCGAAUGCACCAGAUCCGUGUACACCUUCAGUACCUCGGCCAUCCGAUUGUUAAUGACCCUCUGUACAACAGUGCUGCGUGGGGGGCGGAUAGGGGGAAGGGGGGCAUCGAGGGAUCCAGCAUGAACAAAGUUCUUGAAAAGCUUGUCACUGAGGAGACUGAGAGACAAUCUAAAGGCAGUGAAUCUUCACUUGAUACUGCACAGACUGGUACAUCUGGUACUGGUACAACAGAACAGGAGCCCUCAAAACAGAACGCUGACCUUGACACUCCAGACAGAGAGGAGGGGUCAAAGGGGAAGGGUCAGGGGGUUACAGCGAGCACAGUUAGCACAUGUACAUCCACAACAGAACAGAGCACUGGCCCUGAUGCUCAAGACAGUGAGCAGGGGUCGAAGGGGAAAAGUCAGGGGGUCACAACCGUUGACCCCAUCUGUGAUGAGUGUAAGGUCAGUCGUCGUGACCCGACCCCAGAAGAGCUGGUCAUGUACCUGCAUGCCCUGAGUUAUGAGGGGGAGGGCUGGGGGUAUAAGACCCCACCCCCCAAGUGGGCCAGUGAGGACUGGGUACAAGACUAG